AUGCUGAUCAGAGCCGUCUCCUCGACCCUAUUCCUGGCACUCAUCAUCCUCUUUAUUCCAUUGACCUUCGAUAUCGGUGGCCGUGAUGCUGGCCUAGCAUACAGUCUCUCGCUCUCCUCGUUCUACUUCGUCCUUUCUCUACUCAGGAUAUCGACUCCUCCCGGUUCACGUUUUCGAGCAGCUCUAGUCAAUUUCGCACGAGUCGCGCAAUGGCUGGUGAUUCCAGGGCUAUGCAUUUGGGUACUUGGCAAGUUUUCCAUUGAUGGCGAGACUGGCACGAGCUGGGUCGAAAGGACAUUCAAAUUGAGAAAAGAACUGCACAAUGAGAAUACUUCCUUCUGGACCUGGUUCUUCGGACAAGGAGGUGUGACGGAGACUGUUGCGAUCGGAAGCUGGGAUAAGAUCCUGCGAUGGUCGUCGCCUGUCUUCCAGUUGCUUGAAGGGUUUUGCAGUCUACUUGUCAUUCAAGCAACUGGUCAGCUUACAAGAUGGUUGGUGAACAGGAGUGAGCGCAGUGAUGCCUGGAUGCUUACUCUUAUCGUUUCUGCCGCAGCCACCACAUCUAGCUCGGUCUACUUCCUAUGGCGUGUGCUGCAGUUCCCAGACGUCGACCAUCUUGAUUCAACAUUGAUCGGAAUCGUGAUUGCUUCGGCAAUAUUCCUCUGCACCUAUGGCGUGGUGUCAGGACGGGGAACCGCUGUUGAGUCGUCUCUACUCUUCGCCUAUAUCGUCCUAUGUGUCUACCAAAUUUUUACCGAUUACAAACCAAGUCACCCAGAGCAGAACAAUAGCGCCCCGUCGCCCGAAUUUCCACCACUUCCACCAGUCAUUAUGUCUUCAUUCUCCGCCGUUGUGCAUGCACUCCAAGCGCUCCCAGGCGGGAUUGUAGACACUCUACAAUUCACAGCAGCAGCAUUCAAGGCGGUGACGCCCUCUGUCCUCGUCUCUCUCGGCUACAGGCUGUUCGUUUUCUACGCUUCGACCCGAAUAAUUCCAGCAGUCAACGAAUCUGGUGCUCGCGGUUUGAGCAUUGAGCCUACCCUCGAAGAUACCCACGCUGGCAAUCAGUUUCUUGCUUUUCUCUCCUGGUUCUCACCAAGCAUUCUGAUAGCAGUCUAUACGAGUCUUCUCAUGCAGCAUUUCGCCACUACAAUGGGUGGGUAUGCACCUGGCCUGACUGAGACCAUCUCUUCGUGGUGGAGUGGUAAUGGUCAACCUGCAAUGGAUGGCAACGUGUGGAAAUGGGUCAAUCUGGUUGGAACAAUGGCGCUGUAUGCAGUUGAGCUGUGGUUAGGCGAUGAGGAUACCAUUGGAGCAGGUCAUUGGAAGGUAGAUUGA